CUAUGUUAAUGAAGGCAGAGAGCAUUACAUAGAGUACUCCAAGAAUAAAUGUCUUGCAUAUAUUGAAAGAAUAUUACAAAGGAAUGAAAAGAGUCUUGCAAAUAUUGAAGGUAUGCCGAAAUCCGAUGCAUCGUAUGUAAGUUAUGUUGAAAAUGCGCUUAUAAAUGAAGAGAUGAGAUAUGACACAAAAGACUUGGCACGACUGCUACCACAUCUCAUUGACCAGUUAACCGAUGAGCAAAAGUAUAUUUGCAUAGACAUCGUUAAUGUUGUGUGUGAAAACACCACUGAUACAGUGGAAUCGGAAAAACAUUUAUAUGGAUCAGAAUACUGUGGCAACAUCUAUUAGGAGUGCAGGAAACAUUGUUUUUGCAGUUGUGUCAAGUGGAAUAGCGUCGUUACUGUUGCCUAGAGAAUUUAAGUCAGGUGAUGAGAAGUCCGGUUUGGCUAUCAUUGGAAUAUUGGAUCAAUCAUGCCCAUCACAGGAUCAACGAAUAUUAUUGCUUCUGCAGAUGUGAUAGAUUCUAAAUUUGGUUCAAGGACAGACAACAGACAAAAGGCUUUUUAUCAUUUUGUUUCCUGCUUUUUCUUUGAUUGUAUUAUCAGCCAUGUGACGAAUGUUGUUUUGAUUUAAUAUAUUUGUUGGUUUGAGGAUAAAAAAAUCCCCCCAUAAGACUAAACAUUGUUUUUCUACCCAAAAUACCCCUUAAGGGUAUUAAUUCCUAAUGACUAAUUUAAUUCAUAAUAUAAUUGUAAAAAA